AUGCAAACACCCAACAAGCGCCGCCUGUACACGGAACAAGAAGACAUCAUGCUGCUUCGGCAGGUGAACGCGGAGAGACCGUUCGAAGCAAAGAAGGGCGAAUUCAUGAAGGUUUGGGGACUUGUUGCCAAAGCGUUGGCGGACCAUGAGGGCUUCGCAAGGCCCCAAUUCGACGCCAAGAAGGCCCAAAACCGAUUCUCUGCUGUAAUGGACAACCAUGUCCAUUAUAACAGAGAAUCGGCUAUGGCUUCUGGGGUUGCGGAAACGUACGACGAACGUAUUGCGCUGCUGGAUGAGCUUUUGGCCGCCUUUGUCGAUGCCAAGGAACAAACGCCUCGUCAACGACGCGACAAAAGUGGAUCAGACGAUGAUGACGGCGAAAAAGCGUCCAGCAGCGGCAGCCGGUUUACGAAGAUCACUACUGCCAUGCAAGAGGAAAGCAAGGCGGAACGUGGUCUGCGUCAGUCUGAAUUGGAGUUCCGCAAGUUUCAGCUGGAGGUUGAGCGUCGAAAAGACCGCGAACUGGUGGCGGAACAAGCGCGUCUGCACCACGAAACUAUUCUUGCGAUGCUAGGUGCUCUCACUAAGCGACAGUAA